UUUUCUCUUGGUCACUCACUACAUCAACAAUGCCUGGAGAAAACAUUCUGUUGGCUGGUGAGACCACAAAGAGCUGGAAACUACUUUUGGGGAUGAGAAUAUUGGCAUUCAUGGCUACUUUAGCUGCAGCCAUUGUAAUGGCACUGAACAAAGAGACAAAGACCUUGGUUGUAGCCACCAUUGGUACUAUUCCUAUUAAAGCCACUUUAACCGCUAAGUUUCAGCACACACCGGCUUUCGUGUUCUUUGUUAUAGCUAAUGUAAUGGUGAGCUUCCACAACUUGUUGAUGAUUGCUCUUCAGAUUUUCAGCCGGAAACUGGAAUACAAAGGUUUCCAUAUACUCUCCGUCGCCAUUCUCGACAUGCUAAACGCAACUCUGGUAUCUGCGGCUGCAAACUCAGCGGCAUUCAUGGCGGAGCUUGGGAAGAACGGGAACAAGCACGCCAAGUGGAACAAAAUCUGUGACAGGUUCGCCACUUACUGCGAUCAUGGCGGCGGAGCACUCAUCGCAGCUUUUGCCGGAGUCAUUCUUAUGCUCCUCAUCUCUGUUGUCUCCAUUUCCCGCCUCUUGAUCAGUUCUAACAAAUUCUCCACCGAUGCUGCCUCUCCGUCUAUUUAGCCGCCAUCCCUAAAACAUGUUGUAAAAAUUCACCAAUAUGUAUAUAUAUAUGUUGUGAUUUAACUUUGCCUUGUCUCAAGUGACUAUCCGAUCCUCUUGUCUCUAGUGCACAUUCACUGCACUGCACUGCUCUGUUUUGUCACUUUCAUAUGUAAAUAUAUGACUUUUCAUU